AAAGCUACAAUUGCGUGGCAUGCGUUUUGCUUCUGACUUGGAAACAAAGGAUCCGCCCCCCAUGUGCAUGCCGCCUGUCAAAAUUAUAAAUACAUCCCCAGUUCACCUUUUACUGUUCGCAACUGCCCUAUCGGCAGUUGUUGCGUUCCACUCGUCGCCCCAGCCUUGCCAACGGAUGCAAAAAGAACCACUAGCUCCCUUUGUUUUAAAAAACUAAUUUCAGAGGGAUCGCUGACUCACUGGGUUUACAACUGCAUUGCCACGCUCAAGGUACUUCACGUGUGGUGGUUGGUGGUUGUCUUUGCAGUAAUGGGGGUCAAGGCUGCCCUUCCGAAGUACGAGCUCUACUUCUACAAUGUUGUGCUCUACAUGGCAAUGCUGUGGGCUGCAAGCUGGAUCUAUGACGUGUCCAGCACAAACGUCAACCGCAAAGCCUUCAAACCCAGCGUGAAGCCAGGAUGGUACUAUGUCGGUCGGAAAAUGGACACUGCAGACUCUGAAUGGGUGAUGUGGUUCUCCAUGUUUUGGGAGCACAUUCUCUUCGCCCUGUCUGGCCACAUCAUUUUCGCCAAGAUCAGCUCUCUGCUGGCCGCACAGUACAGGUCCUUGGUGUUCAUGGUGUACGGCAUGCUGGCCGUCUUCACCAGCAUGGGCUGGGCCUACCUCACGCUGAUCCUGUCCCACUGCGUGCUGCUCUACAGCAUCUCCCUGGUCAAGCUCCGCUGGCUCUGUUUCACCGCCGGACUCGCCACACUGGCUACCUUCAAAAUGGAGCCCUUCCUGUCCUGGCAGGGAGGCUUUGUGACGGGGAACUUUGAGCUUCGCCACGUCUUUUUCUAUGGUGGUUGUGGCUUCACCAUCAUGAGGUGCAUGAGUUUCGCCCUGGAGAACUGCGAGAGGAGGGAGGGCAACUUCAGCUUCCUGGAGCUGCUCAAGUACAACUUCUACUUCCCCUUCUUCUACUUCGGACCCAUCAUGACUUUCGAUAAGUUCUUCGUCCAGGCCAACAACCCCAAUCGCACCAGGAAGGAGAGCGAGAUGUGGAACAUCUCUCUACAGGCCCUCCUCAACCUGGCGGUCAUCUUGGUGGUGGACGUUCUCUUCCACUUCAUGUACAUCCUGACCAUACCCGCCGACGCCAAGCUCCUCAAGCAGCUCUCCGACUGGGCUCUAAUUGGUUUGGCAUACAUGAACCUGGUCUAUGAUUGGGUGAAGGCAGCUGUCAUGUUUGGCGUCAUAAACACGGUUUCCAGGCUGGACCACCUAGACCCGCCCCAACCGCCCAAGUGCAUCACAAACCUCUAUAUGUUCUCUGAGACGCAUUUUGACAGGGGGAUUAAUGACUGGCUUUGCAAGUAUGUGUAUAACUACCUGGGUGGAAAGCAUGAGAAUGUGCUGGAGGAGCUGAUAGCGACCCUCUGUACCUACGGGGUCACUCUGCUGUGGCUGGGCCCAGGCUGGGUGGUGCUUCUCUGGGCUUUCCUCAACUGCUUUGGCCUCAACUUUGAACUCUGGACCACCCAGCUCUUCGCCAUGGAGCCUUUUGCAUCUAUUGAGAUGUCCAUGUCUGCUGCUAUGUCGCGGAGGAUCCGGGCCCUGUUCAGCACUUUUAACUACUGGACAAUCGUCCUCUACAACAUUUUGGCUCUGAACAGCCUUGACUUUGCCAAGAUGGUAGCCAAGAGAUUGUUCCUCAAAGGCUUCCCCUUGACCACCAUCAUGGUGAUGUUUGUCACCUACUGCCUGGUCCAGCUGAUAAAGGAGAGUGAGAGGAGGCAGGCUCUGAUCGACGACCCCGACCCCAUCCCUCCUCCCCCACCCGCCCCUCCAGCCGCAGACCCCGCCCUGGAUGCUGACGCUGACGCCACUGCUCCCGUGGAUCCCAGCAAGGAGAAGGCAGAGUAGAGAAGAAGACUGGGACAAGAUGGAGAUUACUUCUAAUGGUUUUAAGAUUGACUCCUGCUGUCUGUCUAUUGGUCAAGAGUUACACUUCACAUGCCUAAAAGGGUCAAAGGAAAUGACUCGACUGGAAUGGUGUUUAUGAUAGGGAUAUUGAUUACUGAUGUUACUUUUAUUCAAGGGUAAUGUUAUACAUGAAUGCAAAUGAAACCAUGUUAAAGGGAUGAAAUAUGUUGGAAAGCAUUUUCUCUGAAAGUUCUCUGAUACGCCUUAGCUAUGCCGUUUACACAAUAUGCUGCCUGUAGAGUUUUAUAUCACAUUUUUGAAUCAAACAUACUGUUUAUCAUCUGUAAAUAAUCCUCGCUACUGACCUAGAUUACCAUCAAUGGGGAAAUAAUCGGGUUUUAAACCAAAGGAAAGAAUGUUUUUUGGACUAGGCCAAAUAUUCUCUGUCUACUGAGGUAUCUAUAGUUCAUUAAACCACUAAGUGUGUAUGUGAUCCUUCUAUGAGUGUUUUCUUGCCAAUAAAGAGCUCUGCCAAAUUGUA